AAAUCCCUCACAAAACGCAGCUAGUGCUUCUCACUUCUCAUCCCAAACGGUUCACUGUUCAAUAGAUCUCUAAAUCAGACUCGCACGUACACAUCUACGCUUUGCGUUAAAUUGAAGAUGUUUCUGUCUCUUCAAAUUAUUUUUCUGGUUCAAUUCUGACAAAAGAAGCACAAAUAGAAAUUGGACCGAAAGAUCAGUAGUACUGCCUUCAAAUGGAGGGAAUAACAAGAACGAUCGAUGUGGAGAAGCUGUUUUGUUAUAGCGACGAUUUGGUUGAAGUGUUGAAGGACAGAAAGGAUCUUAACAGCUUGACUCAGUGUUUGGAUCACUCCAAGUCACUUCACUCCUCUUGUGAAGCUGAUUUCAACUCGGUUCUCAACUCCAUUCAAGAUUAUGAGAAAAAGAUUGAAGUUUGCAAGCAGAAAACAGAGCGGGCAAAAUCUGAAGUUGCUGCUGAAGCUGAAGUGGACCAUCUACAGAAGGAGCUGGAAGAGGAGCUUGAAAAAGAACGCGCACUCCAGGAGGAACUUAGAGCUAUCUCCAAUGAAAUUAAAGGUUUAGAACGUGAAAGGAUUGCAAUUGAAGAACAAAAGCGAGCCUGCAAAAAAUCUGAGAAGGACAAACUUAGGGUGCAGAUGAAGCUGUCAAUGUAUGCAUCAGUCACAAAUAUCAUCCCAAACUUGGAUGAUCAAUCUAAAAUUUCAGGCUGUAUCCUGCUGUUUCUUCUUUUAAAAAAUAUAGUGGAUAGGAGUAAAAAUGUGAUUGAGAAGUUUGAAUACGACCCAGCAAAGAUGACAACAUACGAUACAUGUGAUAACAUGUGGAAGACAAUAAAUUUGUGGUAGAUAUUUGACAUUCUUCCCUUCAGAAGACAGAUUUCAGCGAGUGUGUGAUAAUGCUUUCUUGUGUCCGUUUGUUUGCCUUGUGGUAUUUUUUUCUUUUCCUUCUGCAUUUUUGAAGCUGUAACUCAUUGUAGAACAUUAUCUUCCAUUUUGAUAGUGGGUUUCGGAUUACCGGCAUGUGCAGGAGGUGUGUGUUCGCUUAAUGUAUUCUGUGUAUAGUUUUAGAGAAUAUUAGGGCGGAAAUAUUCUUAUCAGGAAAGGUUAUGAACUAAGCUGAAAAAUGGAUGACAUUGAGGCAUUGUUAGCA